AUGCUGCGUCUGAACUCAUUGUCAUUACUUGGCAUACUUCUUCAUCAUCACUUCUUUUCCUCAACCUCAGCAUUACCCCUCGAAACCCACCGUCAAUUAUCCCUCACUCUCUCCAAGCGAACUGUCGAAUUCCUCGACUGUCCCGGUCCCCUACCCUUACCGCCUUACCCCGAAGCCCCAAUCUUCAUGAAAGCCACCCACAUCGACGUCGAAAGCCAAGCUCCCACCGCACUCACCUACACCGAUCGCUGGGGCGAACAAGAAUACAUCUUCGCACGCGAAGGUCUCUGUUCCCGCGCCGGCUGCAAAUGUGUUUCCGGCUUUGUCGAUCCGCAUGAUCCACCAUCAGUCAGCCUGAUUGGAGGAGGCAAGAACGUCAGUGUGGAUCUAAUUGCGAGUCUAGGGAGCGGAACUGUGAACAUAGCCUCAACAGAUUGA